AGGGCCUCCGCUCCGCUCUCUCGGUUAUCAUGUGACGGAGUUGUGGAUUAAAUGGGGGAGAAAGUGUGCCGCAGGCUGAGGAUCCCAGCUGGCCGGGUGCCGGGGCUUCGCGCGCCUCUCCGCUCUCUGGCCGGCGGCGCUGUCAGGCUAUAUUUCCCUUUUUUCGACUCCGAAGCAGCCUCUUUAAACUGUUUAAAUGAGAAUGUCCUUGGCUCAGAGAGUGCUACUCACCUGGCUUUUCACAUUACUCUUCUUGAUCAUGUUGGUGUUGAAACUGGAUGAGAAGGCACCUUGGAACUGGUUCCUCAUAUUUAUUCCAGUCUGGAUAUUUGACACGAUCCUUCUUGUUAUGCUGAUUGUGAAAAUGGCUGGGCGAUGCAAGUCUGGCUUUGACCCCCGACAUGGAUCACACAAUAUUAAAAAAAAAGCCUGGUAUCUCAUUGCAAUGUUACUUAAAUUAGCCUUCUGCCUUGCACUCUGUGCUCGACUGGAACAGUUUACUACCAUGAAUCUGUCCUAUGUCUUUAUUCCUUUAUGGGCCUUACUGGCUGGAGCAUUGAUAGAGCUUGGAUAUAAUGUUUUUUUGGUAAGAGACUGA